AUGGAGCACGGCGGCGACCGCGACGGCCUGCACGAGGAGCUGGCGGAGGACGCCGGCCACCGCUGGCGGCCCGCGGAGGACGGCGGCGCCGCGCCCUUCGCGGUGCUGCAGUGCCCGCCGCUGCCAGCCACGGACGACGACGCGCGCUUGUCGCAGCACCGGGCCGUGCUGGGCGUGGCGGCCAACCUGCUGGGUGUCGGCGUCCUCGCGAUGCCGCGGGCGAUGGCGCAGGCGGGGCUGCUGACGGGACUGGCAGUCGCACUGGCGAUGGCCGCCGUCAUGAAGGAGACCCACCCUCCAGAUGCUGCUAGUGGCGGCCGAGGCCGAGUCCUGCUCUGGCCGGUUGUCCUAUCCCGAGCUCGCCAAGAGCGCCCUGGGGCCGCAGGACGGGCUGGCCGCCACGCUGUUGGCCAUCCUGCUGUACAGCUCUGGGCUCCUGGCCGCCCAGCUCGCCGCGCUGGCGGACACCCUGACCCAGCUGUGGCUGGCCGUGUCCGGGCUCCACCCCAGCGAGGUCUCGCGGGGGCAGGCGGUGGCCGUGGCGGUCGUGCUGUGCCUCCCUGGGGUGGCGCUGCGCGCCCCCAGGCGCUGGCAGCUCCAGGGAUUCGCGUGCGUCGCAGGCGUGGUGCUGGCCCUGCUGCUCCUCCUGCUGAUCUGCUUCGCCGACCUGGCUGCCGCUGGCGACGACGGCGCCGCCGCGGCAGACGGCGCGAGCCUCCUCUGCGGAGGGCCCCUCGGGCUGCUCAGCGCCGCCGCGCUGCUGGCGUCGCAGUUCUGCCUGCACGCGGGCGCGCUGGACGUCCUGCCGCCGCCGCCCGGCCGGGUCGCGGCGGCUUCCGGCGGGCAGCGCCACUGGCGACGCUGGUGGGCGCGGUGGGAUACCUGCGCUUCGGGGGCUCCGUCCAGGGCAACGUCUUCGCGAGCUUCGCGGCCCCGCGAGAUGCCGACGGGUGGCGGUGGCCCGCGCUGCUGGUCGCGCGGGCGGCCCUGGCCGUCGUUCUCGUCGUGUCCUUCGGGUGCACCUCGGUGCCGUGCCGCGCGGCGGCCCUGGAGGUCUUUGCCGCGCGUCGGACCGCGGGUGGGGCCGCCUCGCGGAAGGAGUACAGGGCCCUGGCCGCCGUGCUCGCCCUCUGCGCGCUCGCGGCCUGGCUCGUCGAGGACGUGUCGUGGCUCCUCGGCUUCCUGGGCGCCUGGGCGGCCGGGCCCCUGGGCCUGGUCCUCCCCGCGCUGGUCUCCAUGGAGCACCACAGGCGGUCGGAGGGGCGGCCGGCGCUCUCCGUCUCGAACCUGAGGGAGACGUGCUGCCUGGCCCUGAGCGCGCUGCUCAUCCUCGGCAGCAUAGGGAGCUUCCUCGAGUUCGCGUUCAGGCACCCCGCCGGCAGCCGCGGACACCGCGCGGUGGUGACGGACCUGCAUGGCCUGCGCAAGCGCUGA